CUCAUAAUUACGACACCUUCUCUCACCUCACCUCACCUCAAUUCUCCCACAGCACCAUAUCCGCAAUGUCCCAGGCCAAGGCCCCGCGCGAGUUCAAGUUCGUAGGCGCUUACAGCCGGAAACGUCGCCGCAGAAAUGGCAUCGAUCCCAAUGGCCCUCCCCGGAACUGCACUGCUGGUGCUACCACGCAUCCGCCAGCGUCAACACCGGCGAGGACAUCGACCUCGAGUCCCAGGACCGUCCAGGGAAAGGAGAGCGUUGGAGAGAAGCCGGCAAACAGUGCGCCGCCUCCGUCAACAAAACCGCCAGAACCUCAAUCAGGCCCAGUCGAAACUCCUUUGCUUUCCGACGAAGCAGUCAACCUAAUCGAGAGCGAGAUGCUUCUGAACCCACCGACCGAGACCAUCAGCCAGGACAGCAAUAUUGACUGGUCACAUUCGAAUUUGAUGAACCCAUUUCUCGACCCGGGGCCGUCAUUCAUGGCUCCAUUCGAUCAUCUCCCCAUUUACUUCGGACCCGAUGUUCCUCUUGUGCACUUGGACGAAAACUCGUCUACCGAUAACUCGCCUCAGAAUAACGUCGAUGGAUCUACCCUGCAAACCGACGGCGACGGCGACGGCGUAAGAAUAGAAUCUGCGACAACCACAGACCCUUCCACGAUCGACGAGAUUGUCCUACCAUCACUCAACUCCCAGGAAGCACCAUGCAACAUCAGCCUCACGAUCACCCAGCUGCUAACCCGAUAUGACCAGGAGUUCUGUGUCAUGCCACUAACCCACGACUUCGACGCAAACCCGUUUCGCUUCGAUGCCGAGACAGGAAGAGGCUCUCAACUUCUCCUCCACUGCAUCCUGGCGCUUUCCUACAAACACAUCAAUCGAGAUACAGGUUCUUGUGCCGACGAGGCCAAAUCACAUAAGAAGAAGGCGCUUCAGAUGCUGAGGGAUAUGGAGGGCGCAUCACAAGCUUCGCCGCUUGAGGCUUCCUUCUUGGAUGCUGUCUUGAUUCUGAUGACAUUAGACUGCGCUACAUCGGCCCAUGGACCAUGGGUCUGGUAUCUGAAGAGGGCACACAAGAUGAUUCAAGCGACCGAAUCUCUCAACAUCAAGAAGACCCCACGGAUGCAAGCGCGCAUCGAAAUGCUCGUCUGGUGGGACGUCACUCUCGCUCUUACACGCCGUCAAGGCUGCGUUCUCUCCGAAUCCACCAUCAUCAGCCUCUUCAACCACGACGAAGACAACAAGACCUUCUACAGCGUCUCCGGCUGCCCAGAAGCGCUCUUCCGACAGAUGAUCCGCCUCGGAUCGUACGCAUGGGAAUGUGAACUAGUUGCAAACAUGACAUGUGCGAAAUUCGACAUGGGCCCGGUCCUCGAGGUAGAAAGCAAAAUCAGGGAGUGGACUGAUCCAGACUACGGCAAUCUCCACCACCAAUACCUCUCCGACACAGCACCGGGCUGUGACCUGGGCGACGUGGCACACUACAAGGAAGAUUUGCACCACUGCGCCGAAGCUUGGCGAUACGGCCUGCUCAUCUACAUCGCGCGCGUCUUCAGGUGGCAGCGCGACCAGCCCGCACCGCCAGUGUUGGGCUUCCUGGCGCGCAAGACGCUCAACCACGUAUCGUCGUGCAGAUAUACCUCGAUGUUGCAGAAGCAGCUGCUUCUCCCCGUGUUUCUGGCAGGGUGCGAGACGUCGGAUGAGCACCUCCGCCAGACGGCGAGGACAUACUGUAGUUGGUGGAACGAGCGCACUCGCUAUGACAUGUUUCUGACAGCCAAUGCUCUGCUGGAGGAGGUAUGGUCGAAUGAUAGCCCGAAUGCUUGGUGGGGAUCUACCAUUGACCAGAAGAGCCGGUCGAAUGUCGGGUCGGGGGAUGCGAGGCAGUAUUUGUUCGGAUAGGGAAUCGGUCGAGGAAUUUUCGAGUCGAUAGUCUAGUGAAACUGGUAUUUAUGACAUCGAUUCGGCGUUGGCGUUGGAUGAAGUCGUAAAAACUCCAUAUUUUCGAUGAACUUGAGCUUGUUGAGCAUCUCCUGUUCCGUCGCUGUGGGAAGACGCACCUGUUAAAGCCAUCGAUCAAGCUAC